AUGGUUGAUAAUGCUUUUGAGAAAGCCAUUGCCAAAUUUGCAAACGAGUUGAAAGAACACAAGACUCUGACCGAACUUGAUCUUGUAUCGAACCAAAUAUCCGCGAGAGAAGGUGAAGCACUAGCAGAAGCACUGACAGUAAACAACACUCUCACUCAACUUCAUCUGGGAAACAACGAAAUAUUCGAUAGAGGAUGUGAAGCACUAGCUGAAGCACUGAAAGUAAACAACACGCUCACUAAACUUUAUCUUGCGGAAAACCGAAUAACCGAGACGCGAGGUGAAGCACUAGCAGAAGCACUGAAAGUGAACACAACUCGCACUCAACCGGAUAUUUGUAAAACGUACUAA